AUGGGCGGCGUCCUCGCUAUCCCAGCCCUUGUCCUGCCUUCUGCGGCGACGUUGUGGUCGGUAGGGGCCUCGUGCUGCGGCGCGGCAUCAUGCUCCAUGAUCUGUGGACCUUGCGGCAUGUCCAAAUUCCGGUCCUCCAUUGCCACAAGAAUUGCAUACGCCAUGAUACUGCUGGUCAACAGCAUUCUGGCCUGGAUCAUGCUCACACCCUGGGCCAUCAAGAAGCUGGAACACCUUACCCUCGAUUACAUGACCUUUAAAUGCGGCUCCUCCGAGUGUUACGGCUAUUUUGCAGUCCAGCGCAUCAAUUUCGCCUUGGGCAUGUUCCACCUGAUCCUCUCCAUCCUCCUCAUUGGCGUCCGAAGCACCAAAGACACUCGAGCAGGUCUGCAGAAUGGCUUCUGGGGCCCGAAACUGUUGGUUUGGAUCGGCUUUAUCGUCAUCUCCUUCCUCAUUCCGGAGGGAUUCUUCCUCUUCUGGGGCAACUAUGUGGCCUAUGCCGGAGCAAUGCUCUUCGUGCUCUUGGGUCUUAUCCUGUUGGUGGAUCUCGCGCACACCUGGGCCGAACUCUGCCAAGACAAGAUCGACGAAGGUGAUGGUCCAAACUACCGGCUGUGGCAAGUUUUACUUAUGGGGUCGAGCUUGGGCAUGUAUCUGGCUGCGUUCGCCAUGACCAUUGUCAUGUACAUCUUCUUCGCGAGCAGUGGCUGCAGCAUGAACAUUGCCGCCAUCACCAUCAACUUGAUUCUCCUCUUUGUUGUCACGUUCCUCAGCGUUCAGCCGACUAUUCAAGACGCCAAUCCGAAGGCAGGUCUGGCGCAGUCGGCCAUGGUGGCAGUCUACUGCACCUACCUCACAUUCUCGGCGGUCGCCAUGGAACCAGAUGACAAGCACUGCAAUCCUCUUAUUCGUGCGCGAGGUGCACGGACGACCACUGUCGCGUUGGGUGCGGUUGUAACCAUGCUCACCAUUGCUUACAGCACCACUCGAGCAGCCACCCAAGGGUUCGCCAUGGGAUCGAACACUGGGAAGAAUCGAUAUGCUCAGCUCACCCAAGACGAAAACGAGCACGGCCUGGUGUCUCAGCAACCAGCGUCACGCCGGGAGAUCAUGAGGGCUGCGGUGGAGAGUGGAGCGCUGCCGGCCUCGGCGUUGGACGAGGACUCUGACGAGGAGGAUGCGGCUGAAGUUAGUUCGAAGGACGACGAACGCCAAGGGACGCAGUACAACUACAGUUUGUUCCACGUCAUUUUUCUGAUGGCGACAUGCUGGGUGGCGACGCUGUUGACGCAGAAAAUGGACCCGGAGAGCUCGAGCGACUUUACGCCCGUGGGUCGAACGUACUGGGCAAGCUGGAUCAAGAUUAUCAGUGCGUGGCUGUGCUAUGCCAUUUACAGCUGGACUCUGGUUGCGCCGAUUGUGCUGGAGGGGAGGGAUUUCUCGUGA